GAGACAUUUAGAUAGAUUAUCACCUGGUCUUCUUCUUCUUCUUCGUCCUCCUCCUCUUCCUCGCCACAUCCUGCUGAAGAGGCAGAGCUGAGCAGACCUUUCUACUGACGCUGUCAUCAUGGGUCUGGACAGAUGUGGCGUCGUGUGUAUUUAUGUCAUCAUCCUUUCCAACAUCGUCCUGGCUGUGGUGGGGUCCGCCUCUUUGGGUCUGGGCCUGUGGCUCAGGUUCAACACUGACACCAACGUCCUCUUACUCAGCUUCAAGUCAUUUGCAUUCGUUACAGGUGUGACGGUGAUGAUCGUGGCGGGUACGUUCACGUUGAUCGCGGUGCUGUUUGGAUCCUACGGUUGCUCCUCCAGGAAAAGAUGGGCUCUGCAAACGUACUCUGCUCUCCUGUUUUGUCUUGCUAUUGCUCCAAUGGUCUUCGGGAUUCUGGCUAUUUCCAUGAAGGAUGAGGUUGGACUGCGCACCGUAGAGUUCUACAUCAGCUUGUAUGCUCUGUACGAUGGAAAAGAUCCAGUCAUUGGCCUCACUCUCAGAAUCAUCCACAACAUGCUUCACUGCUGUGGCGUGACAGGCAUCUCGCUGAUAGAGUCGACCUGUCCCAAGCCGAGUGGAUUUCUGGAGAAAAUCAUCAUGCCUAAUUGUCCCGAGGUGAUCGCACGCUCUUAUCUCUCAACAUACCCUUUCCUGCUGGCUGUCUGCUUUGCAUAUGCAUUUCUUCUGUGCGUUCCCAUAUCGUGCAGCAGUAAGCUCUGUAAACUGAUCCGUCUGUCCGCUUCCACACCUCAGUACAAUAUCAUUACUAACUACGCCCUGACUAACCCUCAACCACAUCAGCAGGGAUUUGUCCUCACCUCCACGUCCUACCCCAACACGGACCCAAACAUUUCCCCCCUUCUCACUGUCGCUGAUGCCCCUGAGGUUAAGGCCUAGUGGAUUUUUGUUUUUUCCGCUUUGGCGUAGGAGAAUUUAAAAGCAUGUUCUCCUCCCCCGCCUUUGACGCCUGAAAACAGCUUUGUCGAACUAACACGAUCUUUGUCCACAUGAGCGUCAGAGUAAGCUUUAAUCGCCGCUCAUAUUAAUAUGCCUGUGAGCUCCCACAUACACUGACGUUCAGAGGAGUUUUGUCACCGUUUUCCAAAUACCUCAGUUCCUGCUCGUCCAGACCAAACACCGGAGUCUUCAAACUAGACCGGCGGUGUUUCUAAAAGCUCCUCAGUUUACGCAGCUCUUUCACUUUUGAGUAACAAUAAUAAUAAAAUUAAUAAAUAAUCUCACAGAUAAUUGGCAGAAUUCUCAUGAUGUGUCUGGAAGUUCCAGGUUCAUUUGACACAAGAGCUCAUUUUUUUCUACUUUUUGGUAAAACAUGAACAAAUAUUUUUUCCACAACAGAUGAGUUCAGUCCAUUUUUUUUUCCUCAUCUGCAGUUGGAGGAAACGUAAUCAGUUUUCCUUUUUCAAGUCUACUUGUUCUUCACGGAACAUUUUUCCUUUUUCACUUUCACACAAGCUUGUCUUUACGUGGCUUUGGUGCAACCUCUCACACACUCACUCACUCUGCAGCUGGUUUUUGUCUGCUCUGCUCUUUGCUUCCUCCUCUUUCUGCGUGUGCAUGACAGACUGCGGUCGGGUUGUGCGCCGCUAUCGCCCUGAGGAAAUCAACGCAGACGAGCAGGAUAUCGCAGCGUGAAUUUCGGCAAAGCACAGAAGCGGAUUCGGUUGUCAACCCGUUCCCAACCAAUUCCGUUGCUUGAGUACAAGUUCAACCAGCAGAUUAAAGUAAACAAACUCUCCCCUGUACUAACUUUAUAUUGAGCCAAUAAUCCGUCCUAUUUUGAAACUGCAAAACAAAUUUGUUGUUUAAAGCAACCCUCAAUAUUUUAUUUUGCUCUGUGGUGAAAUGGAUGCUGCUCAUAUCCAGCAUCAUUCAUCCAACUAGAAACAGACAACGUGAUGAAAACAACACGUCCACAUCUUCGGGGUAAAUUCAGCUGGGAAGAGGAUGGGGGACAUUUCAACAGUCUAUGUUAUAUAGUGACAGCGGUUCUAGUAUUUUAGGUUUUGUGCUUUCUGUUCAUCUUCCAUUGAGUCUGAUACUCGUGAGAAUAUUUGUGUUAAAAACAUUAUGUACUAAUGUUAAAGGGAUCAUUUUCUUUUAAACCCAUUUCAGAAGCUUUGAAUCGCAGUACAUAGGUGUAAUGUUUCAUUGUUACUGGUAUUUGUUUUAGUUUGUUAAACGGACUCUUUAAACAUGUCCAAUGGUGUAAAGCAUUAUGUCUUCCCAAAACACGUUACCAUUGAAAUAAUUGACAGUUUCCUUUUCCUGUCAAAAGCUUC